AUGAGACGACGAAGACAACAUAUAAUGCAUGCUUUUGAUCUACGGGAUGCAAAAGCUCACGAAAUCGCAUUGGAUUCUUCUGGUUCUUUACACUUAUUAUGGGCUGUGAGACAGCAACAUUUGAUAUACUUCGAGGUAACACCUCCUUCAGAAUAUCCGGAUUCCUGGAUAGCUGUGGGAUUUUCCGAUAGAGGUGACUUAACUAACGCAGAUUAUUGUUUUAUGUGGACUGAUUACAAUGGAAAACUUAGAAUUCAAGACACUUGGUCAGAUGAACAUGGAAUUUUACAUGUGGACUAUCAACAAGAUUGUUUUCCUGUGCGGAACAGCAAUGGAUAUAUAAGAUGGAAACGCCAUUUGAAUACUUGCGAUAUUCAGGAUUACGAUUACACUAUAGAUGGUGGUACCACACACAUAGUAUGGGCCAGAGGUAGGGGUCUCAUUUUAAGCCCAUCAGGGAUAAAUGUGACUGAAGGGAAAUCAAUAGAUCGUGGUAUGGUACGCGCCCAAUUGAUUAGAGCAGAUGUUCCACCAGGACCACCAGCGGAUGCUGAAAACUUAGAAGUGAAAGCUUCUAAAGUAAAAGUUCCUGCAGAUGAAACGACAUACUGGUGCCAUGUACAAAAAUUACCGGCCAGUUUGACUAGAAAACAUCACGUUGUGGAGUUCGAAGCCGUAAUUCAGAAAGGCAACGAAGGAUUGGUGCAUCAUAUGGAAGUUUUUCACUGCGAGGCACCGCCAGAUCAGGAUAUUCCUUUAUAUGUAGGACCCUGUCAAGCAGACGACAGACCUGCUGAAACACAAGUUUGCAAAAAAGUCAUCGCCGCGUGGGCGAUGGGCGCCGGACCAUUCGUUUAUCCCGAAGAAGCAGGUCUCCCAAUUGGUGGCAGUAAUUUUAGCCUGUACGUAAUGUUGGAGGUACAUUAUAACAACCCUGAACUCAGAGGAGAUUACGUUGAUAGCAGCGGCAUGAGGUUAUGGGUUACGACAAACAUGCGACCUUUAAAUGCAGCCGUUAUGGAACUCGGUCUAGAAUAUACCGACAAAAUGGCAAUUCCUCCAGGUCAAAAGGAGUUUGCUUUAUCAGGAUACUGCGUAUCUGGUUGUACUAAAAUUAGCUUACCUGCGGAAGGAAUAACGGUAUUUGGUUCCCAAUUGCAUACACAUCUGACCGGAGUUUGGGUAAAAACCAGGCACAUCCGGAAUGGACAGGAAUUGCCGGAACUGAAUGCUGAUGCGCACUAUAGUACACACUUUCAAGAAAUUAGAAGACUCAAACGACUAGUGAAUAUUAAACCGGGCGAUGCUUUAAUAACAACUUGUGGAUAUCGGACUGACCACUUGAAAAAUGUAACCUUAGGAGGAUUUGCUAUUAGUGACGAAAUGUGUGUAAACUACAUACAUUAUUAUCCGGCAACCGAAUUGGAAGUCUGCAAAAGCGCCAUUAGCGAUCAUGCAUUGCAAACUUAUUUCAGAUAUAUGAACAAGUACGAAAAUCAGCCAACUAGUGAGCAGCUUGGGAUAAAUGCAAACUACCACUCGAUAGACUGGUCGCCAAUUCGGGUGGAAUUUUUAAAUGAAUUGUAUACAUCAGAAAGUUUAGGGAUGCAAUGCAAUAAAUCGAGCGGAGAUCGAUUUCCUGGAGAUUGGUCAAACACGGCAAUUCCUAAAGUAUUAUAUCCGAAAAUAGAACGCAAAGAUGUUUGUCCCAUAUUUAGAAUAUACAAAUAA